AAUGGAGAUGGAACGAAGAAGCGGACAGGUAGACACGCAUAAAAUUAUUCUUGAUUUGGUAGCCACUUCUAUAUAAAAAGGAAGCUUGCUAGAUUUUCUCGAUCAGUCGGAUCGGAUCAGUUUCUGGCUAAUAUUCUUUAGGUCAUAAAACUAACUCAGCCACAAUAUGAAGUUGCUGUUUGUGUUUCUAGUUAUUGCCACCGUCGUAACUGUCAUCAAAGGCUAUUCCGAGGAUGACCACUGGAAAGAUUUCAAGAAAAAACACAAAAAAGAUUACAGACCUUCUUCUGACGGGGGUAAAAACGAUAAAACCAGGAAAGAACUUUUCCGGGCCAGAGAUAAGCAAAUCAAGAAGCACAACAGCGAAAAGGCUGGAACCUUUCGAAAGGAACACAAUCAAUUCUCCGACCUGUGGCCGUUGGAGUUGAGAAGUUAUCUCGGUGUCAAUGCCACUGCUGUUCCUUCCCUGGCGUUUAUGAGGUCCGUCAGCGUUGACCUGGAAAGUCGUGCAGCUCCUCCCGCUAGCUUUGACCUCCGCUACGACUCUUGUUUACCUGCAAUUAAAAACCAAGGGCAGUGUGGUAGUUGCUGGUCUUUUACCUCCAUUGCUCCGCUCGAGUUCUCAAAAUGCAAGAAAGCCAAAGUUACCACUGUUUUGAGCGAACAACAUCUGGUUGAUUGCGAUACAGGAGACGGCGGCUGCAACGGCGGAUGGUACGUGAAUGCUUGGACGUAUCUGAAGAAAGCCGGCGGAUCUGCCAAGCAGACGCUUUACACUUACACCGCUAAAAAAAGCACUUGCAGAUUCACCACCGCCAUGAUCGCAGCCAAGGUGUCUUCGUUCGGGUACGUCCAGUCGAACAAUGCGACGGCCAUGCAAUUAGCUCUGCAAAAAUACGGGCCACUCGCUGUUGCCAUCACCGUCGUUCCAUCCUUUUACUCUUAUGCGAGCGGCGUGUACGACGAUCCGGCUUGUGAUGGACAGGCCGUCAAUCACGCCGUUGUGCUGGUUGGAUGGGGCAAUCUCAACGGAGUCAACUACUGGAUCGUCCGUAAUUCGUGGGGAACCAAUUGGGGUCUCUCCGGCUACUUUUUCAUUCAGCGCGGCGUCAACAAAUGCGGCAUUGAAAUCUAUCCCGCCUUCGUGGUACCAGUCUAAACUAUUCCAUGUACGGAAUCGACCUGAAAAAAUAAUCCAAUUGAAUAAGCUCUCGCUGACUCAUGUUUUUUGCGCCGGCAUUUAAUAAUCGAUACUUUGAUAUUUAAGAAAUUCUUUUACCUAUUCUCAAUAAAUGUUGUCUUCGGG